AUCAAAUACCUAUAAUCUCAUUCAAUUUACGAAAACCUGAUUCUAAGCCAAAAAGUUCUUUAGUUAAAAACCCUACACAUUUACAUGCAACACCAGAACAGUUCGAGCGCCAUUCUGCAACGCUAAUAUUUUUCGUCGCUGACGACUGACGCGGAGGGGAGGGUUUCUCAGAGGAAAGAACCCAUUAACAAGAUGGAAACAACGGCAGAUUCAGCUGCGGCCCAGUCACCCAUUUCACCUGCACAACCACAAGCAGAAGCUCCCAGCAAAAACGCUUUAAAGAGGGAAUUAAAACUAAAGCAGAAGGAGGAAGAGAGGCUCCGCAAGGAAGAGGAGAAGAAGAAGAAGGCUGCAUCUGCCCAGAGUGUGAAUGCACAGAAACAUCAAGCCCUGGACCACGAAGAGGAAGACAUGGAUCCUACGCAAUACCGCGAAAACAGAUUGAAAGUUUUGGCUGCACUGAAAAGUACUGGAGAGAAUCCUUAUCCACAUAAGUUUCCACCUGAGCCUUCUGCUGCUCUAUUACCAAUUCCUGACUUCAUAAAAGAGUAUCAGAAUAUAAGCAAAGGACAACAUCUUGAUAAUGUAGAAGUGUAUAUAGCUGGGAGGAUAAUGAGUAAGAGGAGCUCAGGAACAAAGCUGAACUUCUACGAUUUGCAUGCUGAUGGAGCAAAAGUGCAGGUUAUGGCGGAUUUAAGAAAUUCAGGAUUGGAAGAGGCUGAAUUUGUUAAGCAUCAUGCUGGUGUAAAGCGUGGUGAUAUUGUCGGUAUUCGUGGCUUUCCAGGAAAAAGUAAAAUGGGUGAGCUUAGUAUAUUUCCAAGGUCUUUCACGGUUCUAUCACCUUGUUUACACAUGAUGCCAAGACAAAGAGUUCAGGAGAGGGUUAAGGAUGAUCGUUCUCAGGAAAAGGAAAGUGAGGGAGAUAAAAUUAUUGGUACAUGGGUUGCUGGUCAGACCAGAAACCCUGAAAAAUAUGUCCUGAAAGAUCAGGAAACAAGAUAUCGGCAACGUUAUCUAGAUUUGAUGGUUAAUUCAGAGGUUAGAGAUAUAUUUAGAACAAGAUCAAAGAUAAUAUCUUAUGUACGGCAGUUUCUUGACAGGCUCGACUUUCUGGAGGUGGAGACACCAAUGAUGAAUAUGAUAGCCGGUGGAGCUGCUGCAAGGCCGUUUGUUACUCACCAUAAUGACCUUAAUAUGAGGUUAUACAUGCGUAUUGCUCCAGAGCUUUACCUGAAACAACUUAUUGUGGGUGGCUUGGAUCGAGUAUAUGAAAUCGGAAAGCAAUUUCGAAAUGAGGGCAUAGAUUUGACUCAUAACCCUGAGUUUACCACCUGUGAAUUUUACAUGGCUUAUGCGGACUAUAAUAACUUGAUGGAACUCACAGAGCAAAUGCUGUCUGGAAUGGUCAAGGAGUUAACUGGUGGUUAUAAAAUCAAAUAUCAUGCUAAUGGUGUGGAUAAGGAUCCCAUAGAAAUUGAUUUCACUCCUCCUUUCAGGAGGAUAGAUAUGAUCAAGGGGUUAGAAGAGGUUGCGUGUCUCAACAUUCCUAAAGACUUGUCAUCCGAUGAGGCAGCUAAGUAUCUUAUAGCUGCUUGUGAGAAGUUUGAUGUGAAAUGCCCCCCGCCACUAACAACGACUCGUUUGCUUGACAAGCUUGUUGGGCAUUUCUUGGAGGAAAUGUGUGUGAAUCCUUCCUUCAUCAUCAAUCAUCCCCAGAUCAUGAGCCCUCUUGCAAAGUGGCACAGAGACAGACCAGAAUUGACUGAGAGAUUUGAACUAUUCGUGAAUAAGCACGAGUUGUGCAACGCAUAUACUGAACUUAAUGACCCUGUUGUCCAGCGUGAGCGCUUUGCAGAUCAGCUCAAGGACAGACAAUCUGGUGAUGAUGAAGCAAUGGCUUUAGAUGAGACAUUUUGUACUGCAUUAGAGUAUGGGUUGCCACCAACUGGUGGAUGGGGAAUGGGGAUAGAUCGUCUUGCAAUGAUUUUGACAGACUCCCAGAAUAUCAAGGAAGUUUUGCUUUUCCCUGCAAUGAAACCUCAAGAAGAUUCUUCCUCCAAAGCUUGAAGUGUUCCAUCAAAGGUCAAAAGUCAUACGGAGUGUCUAUUGUGCUGCACAAAAGUAAUGGAUGAGUUCUUGUCUUUGCUUUAGUUUUCUAACUGCAUUAUAGUACAUCACAAAUGUUAAAUGAGGGGCACAAGUAUCAUAAUGUUCCUUGUAAUAGUUGAACUGGAAUUAUGAUACAAGUAUUUCUUGAUUUAUCUCCCUAUUGUUCAGAAUCCAGAUUGCUAGAUGGACGAUGUGCAAUUGACUCGUCUGUUGUAAAUUUAGUUGGAGAUUCUACAUGUUUUCCUCGAUGAUAGCUAAAUACUUUUUCUUGGUAAAGUAAUGAUGUGAAUCUGCUGUCAGAUAAAUUUUUGGAUUAUUUUUCAGUUUUGCUCGGCAAAAGAGAAGUUCAAUUUCCUUUA